AUGGCAUGCAGCGCUGCGUGCCGAUUGAGGCGAGCGAUUCCGGCCUCGACCAGAGCUCUGCAAGGACAGAUCGAGCAUCCUACGGCAUGGUGGUCGAAAGCUCUUGGUGGCGUGCGCGGCAUCAUCCGACACCCAGUGAAAGCUACAGGCCACAUUCUGGGCCACAAGCUGGAGGUUGUGCAGGGGUCAAAGAAGCGCCCGAGGCUGUGCGCCACCUAUGCAAGCGCAUUCCCAGCAGCACCAGGUGGCUCGCCAUUGGAAGCCUCAGCGCACGGAGUUUCCUCGCAGCUUGUCGUUGUAUCUCCUCUAGAAGGAGAAGCUGCUACCAUCAUGCUCUUCGGGUUGUAUCCCAGCUUGCGUGCUGUUGCCAGGAGCCCGCAGCCAGAGCUCCCGAUCAAGGAGCAAGAGCUCUUCUGUGUCUUCAAGAGCAGCUCGCAAGCACAGGGCCAUUGUUGUUCGACCUGGUACAAGCUACGAGUGCAGUGUGCUGCACCAGCACAAAGUGACAGCAAGCAGCUCAGUUUGCACCGACCUUGCUGCCAGUUCGGUGUGGUGGUGUCAAGGCAGCAGACUCUGACCAGAGAGAUGUUGGCCUUCUGGUACAAGCCCCGGCGAAAGCAGUCCCACUUCUACCGUCGCAGGCAGUGGGUGACAAUGCUCCGCAUCGAUGAAAUUGUGUUGAUGCCAGAAGAGGAUCCCACAGACCCCCCGCCGGCCAAACCUGUGCGACUUCUCGACCUUUGGGCCAACAGGUGGUUGGAUCCUGCCGAAAAGGCAGGAAUCGAGAUGGUGAAAGGUGAAGACGGCGCUCUCAUUCCAAAGACUGCUUUAAUAUACGAUGGCUCUGAGCAUCAGCCUGGAAGCUAUCACCGGCGAGGACUCACUUCCUGUUACCGGUACUGGCCGGAUCCCGCUGCCACGCAUUGGAUCCACAGGAAGACCUGA